CAUGCGUGGAGCUGCUCCGUGAACCCACGUGUGUCAGUGAGAGGUGAAGCGCAGCCUGUGUGUUCCUAUCUAGUCACCUCCACCUCACGAGCAGACAUGUCAUGGUUAUUCGGACUCAACAAGGGGCAGCCGGACCCUAAUAUCCCCGGUCUACCUAUACCCCCGCCUCCUCCCGGGGGUGACGGAGAUGGGGGCGACAAAAACAAACCCAAGGACAAAUGGAGUAACUUUGACCCCACCGGCCUGGAGAGAGCAGCUAAAGCAGCCAGGGAGCUCGAUCAGUCACGACAUGCCAAGGAUGCUCUCCACCUUGCGAAGAUGCAGGAAGAAACGCUUCAUCUGGAACAACAAGCGAAAAUUAAGGAAUACGAAGCUGCCCUGGAGCAAAUUAAAAACGAACAGAUCCGCGUGCAGGGCGACGAGAGGAGAAAAACCUUAAACGAAGAAACAAAGCAGAACCAAGCAAGAGCUCAGUACCAGGACAAGCUGGCAAGGCAGAGAUAUGAGGACCAGCUACGCCAACAGCAAAUGAUGAAUGAAGACAAUUUAAAAAAACAAGAGGAAUCUGUCCAGAAACAAGAAGCCAUGCGUCGAGCCACCGUUGAGCAUGAGAUGGAGCUCCGGCAUAAGAAUGAGAUGUUGCGCAUCGAGGCAGAGGCUCGCGCCCGCGCCAAGGUGGAGCGAGAGAACGCGGAUAUCAUCCGAGAGCAGAUCCGACUGAAAGCUGCAGAGCAUCGCCAGACCGUGCUGGAGUCCAUCAAGACUGCGGGGACGGUGUUUGGAGAAGGUUUCCGUGCCUUUAUCUCAGACUGGGACAAAGUGACCGCAGCAGCCGCCGGCUUGACCAUACUUGCGUUGGGUGUCUACACGGCGAAGAACACCACCGCGGUUGCCGGUCGGUACAUCGAGGCCCGUCUGGGAAAACCAUCGUUGGUUAGAGAUACGUCGCGUAUCACUGUGCUCGAAGCGGCAAAGCAUCCUGUUAAGGUCAGCAAGCGCCUUUUCAGCAAGAUUCAAGAUGCUCUUGAAGGAGUUGUUCUCAGUCCAAAACUGGAGGAGAGAGUGCGAGAUAUUGCGAUCGCCACAAGAAACACAAAGAAGAAUAGAGGUCUUUACAGAAACAUUUUGAUGUAUGGUCCUCCUGGGACUGGGAAAACACUUUUUGCCAAGAAAUUAGCCAUGCAUUCUGGCAUGGAUUACGCCAUCAUGACUGGCGGCGAUGUUGCCCCCAUGGGGCGCGAAGGUGUUACGGCAAUGCACAAGGUUUUCGACUGGGCAAACACCAGCAAGAGGGGCCUUCUGUUGUUUGUGGAUGAAGCUGAUGCUUUCCUAAGGAAACGAUCCACGGAAAAGAUCAGUGAAGAUCUCAGAGCGACGUUAAACGCCUUCCUCUACAGAACAGGGGAACAGAGUAACAAGUUUAUGUUGGUAUUGGCCAGUAAUCAGCCCGAACAGUUUGACUGGGCCAUAAAUGACCGAAUAGACGAGAUCGUCAACUUCGACCUUCCGGGACUUGCGGAGAGAGAGCGUCUGGUCCGGCUUUAUUUCGAUAAAUACGUCUUGAAACCGGCAUCAGAGGGCAAGCAACGUUUAAAGAUCGCCCAGUUUGAUUAUGGGAAGAAGUGCUCUGAGCUGGCGGAGCUGACCAAAGGCAUGUCUGGGAGAGAGAUUUCCAAACUGGGAGUCGCGUGGCAGGCGGCUGCAUACGCCUCAGAAGAUGGUAUCCUAACUGAAGCGAUGAUCGACGCUCGUGUGGCUGACGCGAUAAGGCAACAUCAGCAAAAGAUGGAAUGGCUCAAGGCAGAGGGUAAAGAAGAAAGCAAAGAACCAGGGAAAAAUCCUCUACUCCUGCCCCUGGAGGGAACCCCGGUCUGAAACUACUAGGAAUACAAUGGCGACCAUUGAACUGCCUCAGCUUUCUGUCCAGAUGUGAAGUGGCCAGCCUCUGAGCAUUAACCUGUGCCUUGAUUAAGACGACGACGAGGAUCCUUAAGGAGACCUCCUCUUACAGCAGACGCUUCCAGAACGCGGGGUUCUAGGCUCAGGUGCUCAGGAGAUUCUUACGACCGUUUCACUUAUCAUUCCUUGUUGAACUCAUUUGUCCUUUUUAUAUUAUUUUAGGAUAACCGUGAUAAUUAAUAUGCUGUAAGACACGUGAUCAUUUGUUUUAAAACUGGAUGAAGCUGUGGAAAAUAAAAUGAACCCUGGAGGAGCAGACAGAA